AAUGAGUGCGUAAACGUUUAUUGAAAAACAAUGACAUUAUUGUUUUCUAUACCAAUGUAAUGUAAUAUUUAACUAUACACAGCGUUAAUGGACAGAAAACUAUUACUAAGAAAACUUUAAAAUUCGUGGUACAUCACAAAAGAACCCAUGUAAAAUAUUUUAAAAAGAAUUGUUUACGCUCCACAGCUCAGCUUUUGUUUUGUGGACAGUUCUAUUUCCGGUAUGAUUACUGGUAUUGUACAUGGACUUUACGGACCAGCGAAAAGUUGAGAGGACCAGGGAGGACAAAGCGAAAAAAGCCAAGAGUUCAUGCCGAAUAUCGAAAAAAAGACAGCAUCGUCGUCAUCACCAACUCAAACACGACCUUGGUUUCUAGUCUUUAAAUGUUUCCAGGAAGAAAGCAAAUCACUUCCACGUAAUCACACAAACACGAGACACCGCCACGUUUUCACAGUUGAGAGGAAAAGUACAGCUUGUUUUUGUAAGCACGUACAGUUUACCAGUCACUUGCUAAUGCUGUUGUAUGCUUCACAUAAAGUCACGCUGUUGGUGCUGCCUUUAAGGACUGUCAGAAAUAUCUCCUAAUCAUUAAUCAUUAAUCAAUCCAAUUCAAACUGAAAUUAUAAUUGAUGUGUUGGGGGAAAAUAUAUGCGAAGCCACAUAUAAAAUAUCACAAACGGAAGUUAGCUAAAUAUGUCGCUAUUAUUUACAAAACAAGGGGUCUGCUACAUAAAGAAAAUGAUUUAAAUAAUGUACUACUAAAUACUAAAAGUAUAAUUUUAGAGGGUUAUGUAAAAAUUAAAUGUGAAAAAUAAAGAUGUUGUGUGUAGGUGUUUUAGAAGUAUGUGGAGCCAAGUUCCAUAAUUAAAAGUCUUGUUCUUUCACAUUUUUCCUAUGAGAGGCAAAAAUAAGGCUUGGGUUUUACUACAUUCCUAUUUUGGCCGGUGGUUGUUAUGCUUUUCCCAGGACGGAUAAAAUCACGCGAUCUCAGUAAAGGCAACACGAGAGCUGGAAAAUCAAAGCUGUAUUUCUGCACUUGAAUGCGCCACCACUUUCCUUCAGGUCGGAAGCAGGUUUUUGCUCUCACAGGAAGAAGGCUCGUUUGGAAAGUUGUGUUUUUAUUGUUCCAUCUGUUGAAUGUCGGCAUGUGCUAGCAGUUGCCUUCGGUCCUGAGAAAUAUCCACCCCUUUAAGGCUGUUCAAGAGAAACUACACAGUGACCCGGUAGGUGUUCUUAUUUAUGUGUUGCAGUUUGGGUAACAGCAGAGCAGGGAGAUGGCCAUCGCACAUGUGGCUACAGAGUAUGUGUUUAGCGAUUUCCUUCUGAAGGAGCAGAACCAGGCUCGAUAUCGCAGCGUCCGAACUGAGCUGGCUCUGGACAAGAUGGUGACCUGUGUGGCAGUGGGCCUGCCCCUCCUACUCAUCUCCCUGGCCUUUGCUCAAGAAGUUUCAGUUGGUACUCAAAUCAGCUGUUUCGCUCCCACUAACUUCUCCUGGAGACAGGCUGCAUAUGUGGAUUCAUUCUGCUGGGCGUCUGUACAUACACACACUCUACCUCUCUGGCUUCAUAAGUUCUUUCCCUACAUCCUGCUGUUGGUGGCAGUGUUGAUGUACACCCCAGCAUUGUUCUGGAGAUUUUCUGCAGCACCGCUCCUGCUGUCGGACCUUGGCUUUAUCAUGGAGGAGUUGGACCGGUGCUACAACCGUGCUGUAACUCUGGCCAAGCGCAUGGCCACGUCAGGACGGCUCACACCAGACAGCGAUCCCACUGAGGGCUGUUUCAACUACCCACUGGUGGAGAAGUUCCUGACAACCAAGCGUUGCUCUCGGACGAUGCUGCUUUAUUACCUGUCUUGUCGCGGCUUGACUUUUGUUACCCUGGUGUGUGCGUGUAUUUACCUGGGUUACUACCUCCGCCUGGCCUCCGUCACCGACGAGUUUGGAUGCACGCUCCGUGUCGGCCUGCUCACCUCGGACCCCAGCGUCCCUGACAAGGUGCAAUGUAAGCUCAUCGCUGUGGGAGUCUUCUCAUUGCUCAGCCUUGUCAACCUGAUCGUGUUCAUUGCACUGAUUCCCGUGGUGAUCUACGCGAGUUUCCGCCCAUUCCUCUGCCACAGACACGCCCAUUUCCUGGAAACAUACCAGUCACUCCCCACGGUGAGCGUCCUGCCCACCCCUGGUGGCCAAUUGGAUGAUCUUGCAUUGUAUCUGCUCUUCCUGGAGGAAAACAUCAGUGAACUAAAAUCCUACAAAUAUAUCAAGGUGUUGGAGCUGUUGAGGAAACGAGGUGAAUGCUCUGAAGAAGACUUUGAUGCUAUGGGUCUGCUGCAGACUCUGUGUCUGGUGAAGAUGGAUGCUGUGGAUGGAAAUAAACCUUCUUCUGCUGCGGGGGAACAGGAUCAACUAAAAAGUAAAGCAGCAGAGUCUGUGAACAGCCCCACGGCCACCAACAACAGAGAGGCCAAAAACAACAGCAGCCGCCCAGAUUUAACCAGCGAUAAUGACAGCAAAACUGGAACUGAGAUGAAAGAACUCACUCCUCUGCUGCUACAAAACAGUGAUGCAACAGGCAGCAGAAUGUGAUUGGCUGCUCAUGGCAAAUAACUUUGCUCACUGUCCCAUGGUACACUGAAAUCUCAUGACCUUCCUGACCUAAUGGAGAAAUACAAAAUGUGAUGGGACAACACGGCUGCAUUGUGGGCAGAAUAAAAGUUCCACCAUAUGUCCUCAUGACUGGAUGGGAAUGUUGGGGCAAUUUAAGAAGCAGAUAAUAAAGGAGGAGGAAGUGAGUAUUGGGAAUAUUCAGGUGAUUUAAGUCAUGCUGGUUGGUAGAAAAUUUUAAGUUCCCUGACUGAGCUUUUAUAUCCAGUACGUAAACAUUUAAUAAUUGGUUGAAAAAAACACUGUAAGACACUAUAAGGACAACUUGUGUGAGAACAUAUUUUUAUAUUAUUACAACAUGUCUUUUUGUAGUGGCUUUGUUUUUAUAAGAACUAUUUAUCAAAUGUUCACAGCCUGCCUCUAAAUGCUAAAUUUGAUAAUUUGUAGUCAAGUUUUGAACCUUGAAGUAUGCAUGUAUUUCUGCAUUCAGUGGGUUAAACAUUAAAGUACCAAAUACUGACUGACUGUUGUGCUGGAUGUCAGUCAAUAUUUGUAUGUUUAUGUCAGACAUGAAUGUUUUUGAUGUUGCACAAUCCUUGUGUUUAAUUGUAGUGGAGAGUGACUAUUUUCUGUGUUUAAAGAAAAAUCGGUACGAGUUUGUAAUAGAAAGGGUAUAGUUGUGACAAAAUCACACAACUUCACCACGCAUUCAUUUGUCCCGUCUCUAAUUUACAAAGGAUUAUAAAACUCCAUGGGACAGAGUCAACUUUAAGUUUAAGUUCAUUGUGAAACACAUCACAGUCCACUGGUCUCCAUGAAAUGAAGAUGAGAUGCACUUUAGUUUCAUAGAGACUGAAACUGUCCAUCUCUGACAAGAAUCAUUACUUUCAUUAUUGAUACAUCUGUAGACCGUUUUCCUGUUUGAUUUGUUUUCCCCAAAAAUCUCAAAAUGAAAAAUCCUCAAAUGUACUGUUGUUCACAAACCAAAGAUUUUGCUGUCGUAGGAUAAAUAUUAUUUAGUGGUUGAUUACAAUUUCAUCAUUUAUUCCUACUGGAGCCUCUUGGCCAGGUCAUGUUUGUAAAUGAGAACUGGUUCUCAAAUAUUUUGUCAGGUAAAAUAAAAGUAAAAUAUAUUUUUUGUUGCAGCUCCAAUUCAUUAUAGGUCUUCCAGUGUUUCAGUUUUUGGAAUCACUGUUUGGAUUGUUUACAUUAUAAAAAAAAAAUAACAAAAGGCACCAGUUUGUCAUUCUCAUAAACAGUAUGUUAUAUUGUGAACUGAAUAGUUCAUGUGCAUAUCUGCUGUUUUGUGUUUUUUCUAAAUAUCAAGCUGCCAUUAACUGGUAGAAAUACAGGACUUUCAUUUCAUUGACAUCUCAUUUUCUACAAGACAGUACACAUUGCUCAGUGUUCAUUAACAUGUAUAAUUUCUUUGACAUGUAUAAUUUCAUGUAUAACAUGUAUAAUUUCUUUGAUGUCAACAAACUAUAAAUAUGACUUGAGAUGUUUGAUGUUCUGUGACCGUUGAUGUCUUGUACUUUUACUGGUGUCUUCUGCUGUCUGCAUGCAAGUGCAACAUUUUGACAUUGUAAUUAAAUUAUUGUGAUGUUUUAUUAGUCUGUGUUUUAAAGAGCUGUGUCUGCACAAUGGCUACAUGUUUCAUUUAGAGAUUUGAUGCAAUUUCUUUUUAUGCCCAGUUGUGUGAUAGUUAUUUUGUUGUGACCUAUGAAAAUCAAAUUUUCCGCAAAUUACAAAUAAAUGUAAUGAAAUAUA